AUGCAGAAAAAUGAAGAUGGUUUGCAGUCUGUUAAGGAAGAUGAUGGCUUUGGGAAGACCCAAGGUGCUUUCUGGCUUCAGUCGCUUAUCACUGAUGCCUUCCAUGGUAAAGGAUUUCAGAAAAUACAAGAAUAUCUUGAACAGAAAGAAAGCCACUUUCCUCAAAAAUAUGAUCGUCUCCUAUUACACCGUCUUGACAGAUCAAUAAAUAAGGAACUGGAUAAAAAGGCAUUUCAGUAUGUUUCACUGUUGUUGAAAUGUAUUCAGCGAUUCUUCAAAGACCACCCCAGAGAAGAUGAGCACUUGCUAAUCCAGCAGGGACUGAUCCCAAAGAUGGCUUCCUGGUUUGAAAGGACGACAAGCUUUCUGAGCACUGAAGCCCUAGCCUCGGGCACAGCACUGAUGCAACUCGUAGAGGACUUCCUUGACUCCGCGCUGAUUAUUUCCAGCAGUAGUAUUAAAGGAAAAAUUCAGAUGUUGGAUUCCUUCAUACUUAGCUUAGGAUUCCUGGUGACAGAAAAGACUAUAAAUCACUUGAUUCAACACGAGGCUCUGAGGACUUUGAACAGUGUUUUGCAUGGAGUACCUCGGGAAGAGAGGAGAAGGCUCCUUUUGGCAGAAGGCGCGUGUCGUCUGAUGAAAGAUUUUGCAAGGACGAUCUUGACUGUGGGUGAUUAUGACCAGCAGGUUGCGCUCUCUGAGGCACUGUGUAGAAUGACCACUAGAACAUCCAGGGAUGACCUCGUCCACCAGUGGUUUGAUGAUGAUGUCCUCGCUGAAGGCUUCAAAGAAAUUAAGGAUCGAGAAUUUGAGACGGACAGUCGAAGGUUUCUCAAUCACCUAAAUGACAGACUUGGUGACCAAAGAAGGGUCUACUCAUUUCCAUGUGUUGCUGCUUUCGCUGAUGGGCGUGAGAUGAGAAAACCAGCAGAUGAAAAAUUAGAGAAAUUUUGGAUUGAUUUCAACCUAGGAAGUCAGAGUGUGACUUUUUAUAUAGACAAUACUGAGAGUGCUCUAUGGGAACCAGUACGACUUAGAAAAGAAGCCAUCAUUAACUUCAGCAUUACAGAAAAUGAGGAGGUCAAGAUAUUUGUCAUUCACCUGAAGGAGCCUGUUGUUAUCAAUAAAAAAGAAGCGACGAAAAUAGAGAUCCACUUUGGUGUGCAGGUCCACAUCUCCCACGCCUCUGUUCAAGCUUUAGGAGAAGACAAACAGGUAUUGCCUGUUCAGGUGAAAAUCUCCCCAGAACGCUUUAGUAAGUUUGAGAAAGAAGACGGUGAGAGUCCUGGUGACCUUGGAAGACAACCAGAACAGGCAGAAGAAUCCACUGAACAAGCCAAGUCUGUCAGCCCUGGAGACAACCAGUGUGUGACUACUCUGCUGUUGGAAGCUCAGUCUGGAACUCCUCAAAGAAAUGCACAUGAUCAUUCAUCUGAACAAUUGAAAGUGGGUGACAUGCAACAAGAAGUUACUCCAAAACAUGAAUAUUCUUCAGAUGUACAGGAAUCACCAGCUGAAAUUCAGGCUCCUAAAUUAGAUGACAAAUCUAGGGAAGAUUCUGCUUUUGAGGAUGGUACAAAGCAAGACAGAGAGACAUCGGGCACAAAGAAAAAGAGGACGUCGUUUAAUUACAGGAAGCAUCUCUUUUCUGAGAGAGAGCACGAUUCAAGUUCCAGUGCCAGUGAACGAUCCUGGACCAGUAACCAGAAAAGGAAAUCCUUAAAAUCAUACUCCAGCAGAAGGAAGACAAGGGUGAGAAGUAAUCUGAAGAUCUUGCCACUUUUCCCUCACAGUAGCAGCAGCGAACAGGAGAAAGACCGAGCCAAACUUCUAACACCAGUAUGGAAUGCCAUUCCUUCAGAAAUGUCUGAAAAAACCCUCCAAGAUAGUUCUGCUUUUUUAAGUCCUGAAGAUUCUGUGCAGAAAACUGAACUUGGAAGUCCUCACCCACUGAGUGAUCUCUCUCCCUUGGAGGACUCAACAGUUGACGAGAACAUGUCUCAGAUUGUAAACCAAGGGUCAUUAAUGGAAAAUACAGGCUUCAAACAUAAGCUGUCAAACUUGGAAGACAAAGAUGCAGCAGAAGGGAGCUCUGCCAGGCCCAAACAAUCAAGAUUGGAAGAUGGUGAUGUGCCAGCAUCCCCCGGCUUGGCAGAUAACCUAGAUGUUUCUGCCAUUGUCACAGCCUUGGAAGACUUCACUGGAGAACUGAAAAGGAAAUGUGAGCUGAGGUUCAGAAAGAGUCCAAUUUAUUCAAGCAAAACAAAGAAAGCACCAGACUGCCUACUAAAACUUUUAAACCAGAUACACCUGCAAAGAAUGAACAAAUUGGAGGACUUCCGUGAGUUGGUUCUGCAGAAGUUGAACAACCUUCAGAAAGAUAUUCAGGCUCUAAAAUACCUUGAGAAGGAUGUUCUGGAAUUUUGGGAAAAACAGUCUGAUGAUCUGAAAUCAUUCUGUGAUCUGCACGUGCUGAGGCUUAACCCAAUUCAGCCUUCCUAAGGAGAGUCAAAGUUUGGUUUUGCUGCUGCAUCCUGCAGUCUGAAUCACCAGGAGAAGAAGAUAACGAUGCAGCUACCAUUGGCUCAGGCUGUGUGGGCCCUGCCGUGAGCUUGCUGGUCAGUCCAUUUCACUCACCAGUUGAGAGAAAAUUUCUUUGAACAAUCCCUGGGAUCUGCUGAGUUGAAAAUGAAUAGAUUAUGUUGGUAAUUCAUCAAGGUGUUAGUAGUUAUUUUUUCAAAAAAAGUUAACCUUAUAUUAAAAUUUGGGCAGAUCAUAACAGAAUCAAGUUGUUCGU